AGACUAACUUACUUAAUGCUAUUACACUUGACUGACUUCAGUCGUCUGAAUUCAGCCAAGUGUAAUAAGCCUAUAAAUAUACUAACUCUAUGGUCCCACGUAAUACUACAUACGAAGUCGUCCUACAACUUUCUAUACCAGCACCAACAUAAUAAUGCAGUCUUGAGUAGUCUGUGCAGGCUGAUUGUGGUCGGCAGGGACGAAAAUAAAAGGAAAUCAAUUAAAAAUAAUCACGAAUUUGUUUCUUUUAUAAUUCCAAUGUUGCGUAGAAUAAAUAUAAUGAAUGCCUACAAAGGAUAUUUAUUAGAACCUUAUACCUGUUGCCAUCAAAUAACAAGCAACUAUGUUUCUGCCAAAUAUUCUACAAACGUCCAAAAUUUACCCCGUCUACCUGUGCCAAAGCUAGAGACUACAUUAAAUAAAUAUUUGAAAACAGUUAGGCCUCACUUAAACGAUCAAGAAUAUGAAAUAACUAAAUCACUUGUCAAAGACUUUAUCUCAGAAGGGAGUACUGGACAAAAAUUACAGAGUUUAUUGGAAAAUAGAGCAGAACAUCAUUCAAACUGGCUUGAACAAUGGUGGCUGAAUACUGCUUACUUAGAAUACCGAGACCCUGUUGUUAUUUUUUCAAGUCCUGGUCUAGUCUUUCCAUUCAGACAGUUCAAUACAAGAAAGGAACAGUUAUUGUAUGCAGCUAAAACAUUGUUGGCAGCUGCUGAUUACAAAGCACUGAUUGAUGGUGAUAAAAUACCAGUAGAAAUGAUGGGAAAAAAUCCUCUAGACAUGUCUCAAUAUAAGAAAAUUUUCGGAACAUGCAGAAUACCUUGGGAAAAACGUGAUAAAUUGUCAUAUAAUAAUAGCAAGCAUGUCACUGUCAUCCAUAAUAAUCAUAUAUUCCAUGUAGAUGUUUGGGGUGAAGAUGAUAUAUUAUUAAGUGAAGAUCAACUUGUGCAAAGCUUAGAAAAAGUAAUGGAGCUGUCCUCAACGCCGACGGAGGAUGGUAUUGGUAUUCUCACAUCCGAACAUCGAGAUACAUGGGCUAAAGCGUAUCAGAUUCUAAUAAAAGAUAAAACGAACGAGGAUUCACUUAUCGAUAUUGAGAAGAGUUUGGCAGUACUGUGUCUAGAUGCUCCUGUAGGAUUGUGGAAGUGCGCCGAUCCAAAUGCCCGUAGAAAUCUAGCAGGUGCUCAGACAAUCCAUGGCGGUGGCUCCAAAGCUAAUGGCGGGAAUAGAUGGUUUGACAAAACAGUACAGUUCAUUGUUGGUGCCGAUGGAGUGACGGGACUAACCUACGAGCAUUCCCCGGCGGAAGGUCAACCAAUCGCGGUCAUGACCGAUUACAUCGUCAACUACAUAGAUCAAGGUAAAGGUAACAAGAAACCAUCAGCUAAGCCCAGUGAACCGAAACAUUUGAGAUUUAACGUGAAGCCUGAAGUAAAAGAAAUGAUUAAAGCUUCACAAACACAUCUCGACAGAUUAGUAGCUAAUCUCGAGUUGAACUGUUUCCAAUAUGACAAAUACGGUAAAAAUUUCAUAAAAUCUCAAAAGCUCAGUCCGGACAGUUAUUUGCAAAUGGCGAUGCAACUGGCUUUCUACAGACUACACAACACGCCCGGCGCGCACUACGAGUCAGCAGCAACAAGGAUGUACGCGGGAGGGCGAACUGAAACCAUAAGAUCUUGUUCGAUUGAAUCUAUAGAGUUUGCGAAAGCUAUGCUGAAUCCACAAAUUGCACCGAAAGAGAAAUUAACUAAACUACAAAACGCUAUCAACGGACAUAAAGAUUACACUGUGCAGGCUCUUCAAGGAUUUGGUGUGGACAGACAUCUACUUGGUUUGAAGCUUAUCGCACUUGAAAAUGGUAUCGAACUACCCAAGCUGUAUACAGACCCAGGUUAUACUAGAAGUGCGCAUAUGAGAAUUUCAACAAGCCAGGUGGCGUGCAAGUGCGAUGGGUUCAUGUGUUACGGGCCCCUCGUGCCGGACGGCUACGCCACUUGCUAUAACCCACGAGACAACGACGUCAACUUCGCAACCUCCGCAUUCGUCGAAAAUCCCGCUACCAGCUGUGACAAAUACAGGCAAGCUUUGGAGCAGUCACUACAGGACAUGCAUGAUUUACUUCUUAAAGUAACCAAAUCUAAGCUCUAAUAUGAUAUGUAUGAAAUGUAAACAAUCGGCUUAUGAGAUAAGAGUAGUUAUUAUUACAGUGUUAACUUUCCAUUACGUCCAUUAUAAAAAAAAAGACUUAUAACACAAAUUAAGGAUUUGAUAGUAAUGUGCAUUCCUCCCGAAUAAUUUUUGAAUCAGAAUCACUUGACUACCGAUAUCGAUAUUCAGAUCUAAUGGCCCAACCAUUUUAUUUAAUUUUACAAGUUUACCUAGAGAUCUUGUAGCGGAGGCAGCUGAGCUUUGAAAUGAAUUCGUUUGAAAUUUAACUGUAAGUAACCCAUACAUCGAUAUUUAUAACACACACACUCCACAUCGUUCUCUAUAACAAAGUAUGUACUACACCCAAAUUAGACGUGGAAAGAGUUGGCGCUGUAAAUUUGUAUGGAUUGUGUUGCUUUAUAUUUCGCUUUGUAUUAUAUAUUGAUUGUAUUUUACGUACUAUUAUACCAUCGGUAUUUUUACGAAUAAUCAAAGACUGAAUUCAUAGUAUUUUGAUUUUUUUAAUUAUUAUACACAGUCAAUUCUAGAUGCUAUUAACAUCAAUACGUCAUGUUUGACGUAGACGACGUAGACUGUGGACCGACAGUAAGCAGUCCCCGUCGCUCCGGAAUCAGCAACGCCAGAGGCACAACCAAGUCACCGCUUAAAUAGAUUCACAUUAUUUAUCCCAUCUAGUGAAUCUUAUAUCGCGGUAGAACAAUGUGUGGGCUAGCUUUACUUUGGUCGUCCAAGAUUAUUUCUACAGCAUGGAAGAUAGAACUAAGGAGCACCAUCUUGUUUAGGGGACAAGUUGAAAAAGUGUAUGAAUAUAUUAAUAGCGGUUUUAAGCAGAGUGAAAUUUGCUGGGUUGUAUGUCAGAAGGGCAAUUAUUUUACUGUCAUGAUUGUCCAAUCAUUUCAAUAACUUUGGGUAAGAAUAUUGAAAAAAUAUUAGCACUAUCUGAAAAGUAAUUACUAUGACAUUAGGAUUUCAUAAUAAUUCUACAUCACAAGUUGUAUAUUUUCAAAGAAAGGUUUAUAAGACAUAAAAUGCUAAAUAGUAAAUUAAAUUAUCAAUCACAUUUGGGAUGAUUUCUAAAACUCAAUUCUCAAUGUUUUAAUUCUUACUAUUCAUAUGUUUUUCAAGUCAAUUGUUUUAAUGCUAUUAAAAUAAUAAUUUAACUGUACAAACAUUUAUUGAAACAAAUAAUUAUUAUCUAAAAUAAAUAUGUGUUUAGUUUUUGUUUAUUGUGAUAAAUACUCAUAAUUAAAUAUUUUAUUUCGCUUAAAACGAUAAUACAUUAUUGCGGUGAGGGGCCAAUUUUAAUUAAAAACAAAUGGGGAAAAAUAAAUGGAUAACAAUCAUUCUUUUUUGUAAAUGUCAAUAACUAUGUAUAACGUGGUGCUAACAAAAAAUUCAUAUUUACAUUUGUUAUACAAUAAAUUUUUUAUCCAGUAAUAAA